AUGGGACUCGUGGGUCAUAUUGUGCUGGCGGCUGGUUGUCUGAGUAUCAUCGUUGCCACAAGAGUCAUCGGAGCCAUCUUGUUUGUGAAAUUACAGUUCGGUACUCUCCAGGUUUUGACGAAAAUGUGCUCGGUCGAUGCUGCACUGGGAGCAAGGAGUAAGCUGAUUCUGCUGAGUGGCUACAUUUGGGAAAACGACGAACUGUACUACAAACCCAGUGUACUGAAAGCGCUUGGGGUCUUGAAAGCCGUUUAUCCCGAUGGCUUUGAGUGCUUCGUGCACACGCAGCUACACUGGAUUGCCAUUCCACAAGACAAUCUUGUUGUUAUAGGAACUCUUAUUUGA